AUGGUGAAUACUAAGAAUACCACCUCGUGCUCACCGUCAGCGUCAAAAUCAAAAGCGUACGAAACCCGCGACGCCAUCGCCGACAUCUGGGGUCCACGUACCCCAUACAAGCACGAAUGGCCGACUAGGGUUGAUGAGCGAUUGAUCGAUGAGCCUGAGAAAUGGGUUCAGAGUGCGUGCGUUUUCUGCAGUAAUGGAUGUGGCCUAGACAUCGGCGUCAAAAAUGGAAAAGUAGUCGGUGUCCGCGGCCGAGCAACUGACCGCGUGAAUAAAGGCCGUCUUGGUCCUAAGGGGCUCAACGGGUGGACGGCAAUAUCCCACCCAGACCGCUUGAAGUAUCCCCUCGUACGCAAAAACGGGAAACUGGAGCGUGUCUCAUGGGACGAAGCCAUGAAUGUCAUUGUGCAGAGAGUUAAGCAGACGCAAGCCCGGCUUUCGAAUCAUGGCAUUGGGUUCUAUACGAGUGGCCAGCUGUUUUUGGAGGAGUAUUUUGUUCUAGCAACCAUUGGGAAGGCGGGGUUGAAUACGUUGCAUAUGGAUGGGAACACGAGACUGUGUACGGCGACGGCUGCGGCUUCUAUGCGCGAGUCUUUUGGGUCUGAUGGUCAGCCUGGCUCGUAUACCGAUAUUGAUUAUACGGAUUGUUUGUUUAUGGUCGGCCACAACGUCUCAAAUACGCAGACCGUUCUGUGGAGUCGAAUGCUGGACCGAUUAGAUGGGCCAAACCCUCCAGAACUCAUCGUCGUCGAUCCAAGACGAUCAGAUACAGCGAAACGUGCGACAGUUCAUCUAGCGCCCAAGAUUGGGACGAAUAUGGCUUUACUGAAUGGAAUACAACAUCUCCUUUUUGCCAACGACUGGGUUGACGAGGAGUUUGUCUCCAAGCAUGUCGUUGGACUCGAGCAGCUCAAAAAGACCGUCGAAAAAUAUACGCCAGAACACGUCGAAGAAAUCACCGGCGUCCCGCAGUCCCAGCUCAAAGAAGCAGCGCGCAUAAUCGGCACUACAAAAAGUCUACUCUCAACUGCCCUCCAAGGCGUCUACCAAUCCAACCAAGCCACCGCCAGCGCCUGCCAAAUCAACAACAUCAAUCUCUUGCGCGGCCUGAUUGGUAAACCCGGUAGCGGUAUACUGCAAAUGAACGGCCAACCCACAGCCCAAAACAACCGUGAAUCAGGCUGUGACGGCGAAUAUCCGGCAUUCCGCAACUUCCAGAAUCCGAAGCAUGUGCAGGAGAUUGCAGAUGUGUGGAAUAUUGACGUUAUGCAUGUCCCGCACUGGGCGCAACCGACGCAUGUAUCGGCUAUGCUCAAACAUAUCGAGCAUGGCUCGAUUGAUAUCAUGUGGAUCUCGGGCACAAACCCCUUAGUCAGUCUGCCGCAUUUACAACAAGCGCGCGACUUAUUUACGAAACCAGACUUGUUCGUGAUCUGUCAGGAUAUCUACAUGACCGAAACCGCUGCAAUCGCAGACGUAGUCCUGCCAUGCGCCCAAUGGGGCGAGAAAACAGGCUGUUUCACGAACGUUGAUCGAACAGUACAUCUCUCCCAUAAAGCCGUUGAGCCUCCCGGCGAGGCAAAACCGGAUAUGGCUAUAUUCCUUGAUUUUGCGAAACGAAUGGACUUCAAGGACAAGGAUGGGAAUGAUUUGUGCCCCUGGUCAGAGCCGGAGGAAGUGUUUAAUGCAUGGAAAAGAAUGUCUAGUGGUAGACCGUGCGAUUAUAGUGGGUUGAGUUAUGAGAAGUUGACUGGUGGAUCGGGGAUACAAUGGCCCUGCAAUGCUGAGAAUCCGCAGGGAACGGAGCGUUUGUUUACUGAUGGCAAGUUCUUCACGGAUAUUGAGCAUUGCGAGAGCUAUGGCCAUGACCUUGAGACGGGGGCGCCGAUGACGAAGGCCCAGUAUGAGUCGUUCAACCCCGCAGGGCGCGCGAUACUCAAGGCUGCUGAGUAUAGACCCCCACUAGAGACUCCUGACGAAGAGUAUCCGUUCAGAUUAUCCACGGGUCGGAAUGUGUAUCAUUUCCAUACGCGCACAAAGACGGGCAGAAAUGAAAGAUUGCAACGCGCCUGCCCCGAAGCGGUGGUGCAGAUCUCGCAUGAAGAUGCGCAAGACUUACAACUAAAAGAAAAAGAUAUGGUGGUUGUCCGAUCUCGUCGAGGCGCUAUUGAGCUUCCCGUCGUCAUUGGGAAUAUUGAGAAAGGGCAGGUUUUUAUCCCGUUUCAUUUUGGAUAUUUUGAUGCCAAGGAUGAGCGUGCGAGAGCUGCGAAUGAGUUGACUAUUGAACAAUGGGAUCCCAUCUCCAAACAACCAAGCUUCAAAUCCGGGGCCGUCAAAAUCGAAAAAAUAGAUGAUCAGGAGCCAGGAACCGUCAAGAUUCAUGCCAGACAACGGCAAUCUGAAGCCAUACAUAAAGUUGAAACAACACCCAAACCAACCGCCAACAUGGAACAAGGAGACCAAUUCAAAAGAAGACUCACACCCUGGCUCAGCUCAACGCACGACGCUCUCAACACCUUGGUCGAAAUAUACGAUGAACUCGUCCCAAAACUAGUCCAAGAUCUAGACAUCCAAUCUGGCCUCAGGCUUAUGUGCACCAUAACGCAUGAAAUCAUCGACCAUCUUCAGCCGUACAUAGAGAAAUACCACGAUAACCAGCGGUACAGCGCACAAAUCUCGUGGAACCUGCGCGACUCUUUGUUCUCGCUGUCCCGCGGCUCUGACUCCUUUCGGGUUAUCACCACUUUACAGGCGGUUGAUCUUUUCGUGACGUAUAUAGAUGGUUAUUUGAUUGCCUUAAAACCGGCAAGUAUGGCCCUUUGGGAUAAGGGGUUCGUUGAUGCGGUGGACUUUGCGCAGGCACAGCUCGCGAGACAGCAAGCGUGGGUGCGGUCUCAUCUUAAGACAAAGAGUCCGCAGACUCUACUGGUGCCUGUGCCGGUGGAAGAGGAUUUGGAAUGCGAAAGGCAGCGCACUUCCUAA